AUGUCGCCAACCAAAGACCAAAGCCUUAUCGAUACCAAUGGCCACAGCGAAGUCAACGGCCAGAAGUCUACCAAUGGGACCUUCAACCACCCAGCCACGAUCAAAGAAGCCAUCUCUGAUCCUUCCCUGAUCGUCGAAUCCUCGUUCAUCGGAGGCGAAUGGAUCCGCGGCGAUUCGACAUUUCCAGUCUACGAUCCAGCAACAGAUAAAGUCAUCGCCGAGAUCGCUAAUCUCGACCGCCAAGCCUUCAAGACGGCCAUCGAUCACGCCGCCACAGCCUUCAAAUCCUUCAAGCAGACGAACGAGCACGAGAGGUCGAAGCUGCUGCAUCGAUGGGCGGCUCUGAUCCGUCAGCAUGCUGCUGAUCUGGCCGUGAUCUUGACGAUGGAGAAUGGCAAGACAUUGCCGGAGGCAAAGGGCGAAGUCGAGUACGGCGCAAGUUUCAUCUCCUGGUUCGCCGAAGAAGCUAUCCGCUCCUACGGCGAUGUCAUACCCUCCCAACACCCCAACAGCACGAACAUUGUGAUUCGACAACCCAUAGGCGUCUGCGCCAUCAUUGCACCAUGGAACUUUCCUAUCGCGAUGAUCACUCGUAAACUCGGCCCAGCUAUUGCGGCAGGAUGCACGACUGUCGUCAAGCCACCUAGCGAAACGCCGCUUUGUGCCUUGGCUUUGACUAAGCUCGCUGUUGAAGCAGGAAUCCCGCCUAAUGUUCUGCAAGUCGUUACGACGAAAGAUCGAUCGGCGGUGGAGGAAUUGUAUACGAAUCCCAUCGUCAAGAAGGUCAGUUUUACGGGCUCGACAGGUGUUGGCAAGAUGAUCACCGCAAAGGCGGCUGGGACGAUGAAGAAAGUUUCCAUGGAGCUGGGUGGAAAUGCUCCUUACAUUGUUUUCGAUGACGCGGAUCUGGAUGCAGCCGUGGACGGUGUGCUGGCUUGCAAGUUCAGAUGUUCGGGCCAAACAUGCGUCUGCGCCAAUCGUCUUUACGUCCAGCGAUCUGUCCACGAUGAGUUCGUCGCGAGACUCCUUGCACGCAUGAAGAAGUUCAAGAUUGGCUCGGGUCUGGAUCCGAGCGUUACCCAUGGUCCGCUUGUCAACAAAGCCGGUGUGCGAAAGGUGAAGGACCAUAUCGACGAUGCCGUGAGCAAAGGCGCCAAGCUUGCAUAUGGAGGUGAAGUUCCGGCUGAUCUGCAAGGCUACUUCAUCGAGCCGGCUUUGCUGACCGGCGUCACGCAAGAUAUGCUUUUAGCGAAAGACGAGACAUUCGGUCCGUUGGCACCCAUUUUCGCCUUUGAGACUGUGGAGGAAGUCAUCGAGAUGGCGAACGAUACCGAGUUCGGACUCGCAGGUUACUUCUUCGCCAAUGAUCUGCGCAAAGUGUGGCGCGUAGCGACGGCACUUGAAGUAGGGAUGGUAGGCGUCAAUACGGGUAAGAUCAGUGCAGCCGAAGCACCAUUUGGUGGUGUCAAGGAGUCGGGUCUUGGGAAGGAGGGGAGCAAAUAUGGCUUGGCUGAGUUUCAGGUUAUGAAGAAUAUUACCUUGGGUAGUCUGUAG